GGGACCGGGCGCGGCCCCGCGGCGGCAGUUGCUAAGUCCCGGCCGGGCUGACUCCGCUUCUGGGCGGCCAGGCCUCCGCGAGUACCGGGUCGACUUCGGAGUCUGCGGGCCCAGCCAGGUGUGCCCGGUUCCCACCCCUCUCCCCGAGCGGCGUCCCCGUCGGGGUCGAACCUCCCCCGCGACAGGCGCCCAGCCGCCUGUUCCCCCAGGCCCUGCCUGCGGACCGCCCUGGGAACGGCGUCUGGGAGCCCCGAGGGGCUGGCGGGACUCGGGGCCCCGGCCAUGCGGCAGCCGCCCCCGCCCCUCCGCGACCACCCCCGGCCCAAGCGGGAGCCGCAGCGGCGUUUCUGCUCCUCGCUGCGCCGGCGACCCCGGACCCGGCACCCCUGACCCCUCGCGCUGCUUGCGGCCCCGCGCCGAGGCCUGCCCCGGGAGAGACCGUCCAUGCCGUCCAAGGCGGAGAAUCUGCGGCCCUCGGAGCCGGCCCCGCAGCCGCCGGAAGGGAGGACGCUCCAAGGACAGCUUCCCGGCGCUCCGCUGGCCCAGCGCGCGGGGUCCCCACCCGAUGCUCCGGGAUCCGAGAGCCCCGCGCUUGCCUGCAGCACUCCGGCCACGCCCAGCGGCGAGGACCCGCCAGCCCGAGCAGCACCCAUCACCCCGCGGCCCCCCGCCAGGCCUCGACUGGAGCGAGCCCUGUCCCUGGACGACAAGGGCUGGAGGAGGAGGCGUUUUCGAGGCAGCCAGGAGGACCUGGAAGCCCGGAAUGGGACCAGUCCCUCCAGGGGCUCAGUGCAGAGCGAGGGCCCCGGGGCCCCCGCCCACAGCUGCUCCCCGCCCUGCCUGAGCACCUCCUUGCAGGAAAUCCCCAAGUCCCGCGGGGUCCUGAGCAGUGAGAGAGGGAGCCCGUCCUCGGGGGGUAAUCCUCUCUCUGGGGUGGCCAGCAGCUCCCCGAACCUCCCGCACAGAGACGCCGCCGUGGCGGGGAGCUCGCCCAGGCUGCCCAGCCUGCUGCCCCCGCGCCCACCGCCUGCCCUGAGCCUGGACAUCGCCUCCGACUCCCUGAGGACAGCAAACAAGGUCGACUCGGAUCUUGCAGACUACAAGCUCCGCGCGCAGCCGCUCCUGGUGCGGGCCCACAGCAGCCUGGGCCCCGGCCGGCCCCGGAGCCCCCUGGCCUGCGACGACUGUUCCCUUCGCUCGGCCAAAUCCUCCUUCAGCCUCCUGGCGCCCAUCCGCAGCAAGGACGUCCGCAGCAGGAGUUACCUGGAGGGCAGCCUCCUGGCCAGCGGGGCCCUGUUGGGGGCGGAUGAGCUGGCCCGCUACUUCCCAGACCGGAACGUGGCACUCUUCGUGGCCACCUGGAACAUGCAGGGCCAGAAGGUUUCGGGAGGAGCAGGCCCACCACAUGCUCCCUCCUUCCAGGAGCUCCCACCCAGCCUGGACGAGUUCCUGCUCCCAGCCGAGGCCGACUAUGCCCAGGACCUGUAUGUCAUCGGGGUCCAGGAGGGCUGUUCUGACAGGCGGGAGUGGGAGACUCGUCUGCAGGAGACGCUGGGCCCGCACUAUGUGCUGCUGUCCUCGGCGGCCCACGGCGUGCUCUACAUGUCGCUCUUCAUCCGCAGGGACCUCAUCUGGUUCUGCUCAGAGGUGGAGUGCUCCACGGUGACCACACGCAUCGUGUCUCAGAUCAAGACCAAGGGGGCCUUGGGCAUCAGCUUCACCUUUUUUGGCACCUCCUUCCUCUUCAUCACGUCCCACUUCACCUCAGGCGACGGGAAGGUGGCGGAGCGGCUGCUGGACUACACCAGGACCGUGCAAGCCCUGGCCCUGCCCAGAAAUGUGCCUGACACCAACCCCUAUCGCUCCAGCGCAGCGGACGUCACCACCCGCUUCGAUGAGGUGUUCUGGUUUGGAGACUUCAACUUCCGCCUGAGUGGCGGGCGCACAGUCGUGGACGCCCUCCUGUGCCAGGGCCUGGUGGUGGACGUGCCGGCGCUGCUGCAGCACGACCAGCUCAUCCGGGAGAUGCGGAAAGGGUCCAUCUUCAAGGGCUUCCAGGAGCCGGACAUCCACUUCCUCCCAUCAUACAAGUUUGACAUCGGGAAGGACACGUACGACAGCACCUCCAAGCAGAGGACGCCCUCAUACACGGACCGCGUCUUGUACAGAAGCCGCCACAAGGGUGACAUCUGUCCUGUGAGCUACUCUUCCUGCCCCGGGAUCAAGACGUCCGACCACCGCCCUGUGUAUGGCCUCUUCCGGGUGAAAGUGAGGCCGGGGCGAGACAACAUUCCGUUGGCAGCUGGCAAAUUUGAUAGAGAACUGUACUUACUAGGAAUUAAAAGACGGAUUUCGAAGGAGAUUCAGAGGCAGCAAGCACUACAGAGUCAGAACUCCAGCACCAUCUGCUCCGUUUCUUGAAGUUUGCUGAACGAGGACUCACAGCUGCAACGUGGGGUAAUUGUAUUGAUCAAAACCCACUGGGAAGGACAAAGAGUUUGCCGCCUUUCGGGGAUCCGAGGGACUGUGGCGACUGUGCCUCUGUGCCAGCGUCCCAGGAAGGAAGCCAACCCUGAGCGAGCCUGUCCUUCUCUGUGGCAGGUCCACACGGUGUGGGUGGGCAGGGCUUGGACCCGCCCGUCUCCGUGGCAGGUCCAUACAGCAUGGGUGGGCAGGGUUUGGACCCGCCCGGCAGCACCACGGACCCCAGCCACUCUCGGGGGCAGACGUCAGAAUCCGUUCCUGAGCAGCUCCCGUGCCCUGGGGGCAGUCACAGAGCCCCCCCAACACCCCCGUGCUCUGCGCCAGCCUCUCCCUCCACACCCGAAGCAGGCGUCCAUCUGUGUCCUCCUGGCAGCCCCUCAAACACACACCACCCCAUGUCACACGGGUAUCCAGAGCAAGGCUGGAUCUGGGCUAGGUGACCCCUGGGGCCUCAGACCUCUGAGUGGGCCCCAGAGCCCAGCUGAGGAAGCCACACAGCCUCCAGGACGUGGCACGGUUCCCCUCCACUCGGCUGCAGGUCGCCUGCCAUGGGGUGAGGAGGCCUGCACCCCAGUAUAAGGGCCUCCCCAGCUGAGUAAGAAGCCGCCUCCCCUCCUCUCAUAGGCCAAGCCUGUUGUGUGAGACCGUCUCAUGGUCUUGGUGACGCAGACCGUUUGCUUCUUUAACUCCAGCCGCGGAAUGACAUUAGUGGAACCGGGCUGGGGAACUGCUGGAAGUUCAGGAUGCCACCACCUUGAACACCUAGGCCAGGGAUCCCCACCAUGUCCCGGGUUUCUUUCUUUGAGAGUAUAGAACCGUUCAUUCUUGCUUUGUGUCCCAUUCCAUCUCUUGAAAAAAUGUAGUCUUUGAAUGUGUGAAAAUCUAGGGACAUUCAAUCUAGUCUUUUAAAUUAUUUAUUUUUCCAUAUUUAUAUUUUUAAAUAAAUGCAUAUAUUGAGUCUUAAA